AAGCGGAACCGAGCGCUCGUGGGCCGCAGGGUCUAGCCGGGUGGUUUACAGCGACGGACUCUUUCCCCCACUCUGAGGCGCACGCCGAGCGUGCCGGGAAGCUCUGCUUGGUUUCUUCCUCCGCGAAUAUGCCUAAAGCAGCAAAGGGCAAAAGGGGAGCACAGGAGAAGAAAGUCAUCCAUCCCUACAGCAGAAAAGCUGCUCAGCUUACAAAAGAAGCACACAAACAAGAAAGAAAGGAAAAGUUGAAAAAUGAAAAGGCCUAUCGUCUCAGCGUUGUGGGGGAAAAAUUGCUUUGGUUUCAAAGUCACCUUGAUCCCGACAAAGUGGAGUACACAAAAAAAGAAGCCUGUGAACUAACAGAAAAUUAUUUGCAGCGUUUCAGUGAUGAGUUGGAGCAGAUUGAACUGCGUAACAGUAUUAAAGGACGGCAGGGCAGACAGCACAGUUCCAGAGAAACAGCCAUCAAACAGACUAUGGAACGUGAAAGACAGAUGUAUGAAGGAUAUGGGCUAGAGAUCCCGGACAUUGUGAACUCUAAGCACCUUAAAACAUUCAGUACCUGGGAUGGUGAUUUGCAGAAGCUACCAAACAUUAAAAUGAGGAAGAUAUCCAGUAAAGAUGCUCUGAGCAGUUUAACUAAGAAGGCAACAGUUGAAGCUGAGAUGGACUUGGAUGCAGCAAAGGAUGCAGAGAAACAAAUGCUUGCUGGUAUGGGAAAUGACAGUUGAAGCAAAUUGCCAAGCUGCUAUUUUAAUGUUCAGUUAGAGCUAGACUAAAUCACAUUUUGAGUGUAAAUGUGGCAGGACCCAGCUAUCUUGAUUAUGACCAGCACUGUAAUUUAGCCUUCAAUUCAUGAUGUAAUAAGAUGAUGUUGCAUCAUUGUCUUUUGAAAAACAUUAAAAUAUUUUAAGUUCA